UUCUACAAAACAUAUAUUAACUUAGGCUGUGAAAAUAUGUUUUACAAGUCAUCAGAGUAACCAUUUACAUUUUUUUGAUAAUCCAAAAUUCCAGAGAAGAAAGCCAAGUGUCAUAUCUGUCAUGUAGGCCUAGCACUGCAGUGCAGCUGCAAGCCGUGUAUUCGUUUUCACCCCACACUAACCAUAAGAAAUACACCUCGCUAUCAUCGAGGACAGGGAUGUAUAAAAUCCACCAACAUCCACUCCAUAUUUGAGAAAAUCAAUGUUUUUUAACAUGAUUUUGUUAUAAUGAAGCGGCAUAGAAAAUUGAUGGAUGGAUGGAUAUCUAAAUUAUCCAUAUUUAUUUGCUUUUAUAUUUACAAUCAUGGCAUCCAUAUUGAAAAUAGGACAACAAUGCAAACGCGACAUGUAGUCAUUCCGGGUCAAAAAUACAUCAGAUUUGAAUGAAAUUUUCACUGCAGCCUUAUAAGUUAGAAAUUUAUAAGGUGAUAUCUUUUUUAGUUAGUGGGUUAGUGAGGUGUGUUAAGUGUAAAGCCAGGCUUGCCUGUUCAACAAAGGUAGCUCUCUUGUAAAGCAACUAUAUCACCAUGGUAUCUUAGGCUAAACUCAUAACCUGUCCAGAUUUUCAGCUUAAAAUCGGCGAUGAAAGUGCCGCUGUUUCAAUGUGGAAGUCAUUUGGAGAUGGUAUCACCAUUUAGUGAGAACCCGGUGGACGUGGGAGCAAGAACAAUUUGAGCAGCACUACGACGGGAGUGGCUAGUAUGAGAUCACACUGAUUUGCUAGCAUUCACUGAUUGAAUUCUCUAUAAGAGAUAAAGAUUUCAGCCGAGAAAGUACGCUACAUUUGGUCACUUUUUGCAAUAAUAAUAUGCAAUAUGAGCUAUUAACUCGGCCAAUGUUUGCGGAUGUAUAUGUCACAGCAGUCCUUAUAUAUUUUGCUCAGUAAAUAAUAUUAAUCCAUGUCGUCAAAGUGUAUACACAGCGUAUUUUACAACUUUAUUUUAUACUCAGCUCAGAGCUAGUGCAUACAUUGUACACUGUUGUCCGCCCAGCCCCGGCCACCUCGAUUGCUUACCAUCAUGACGGACUUUCUCCUCCAUGGCGUACUACACUCUGUUCCAUUCAUUUGCAGCCGAAUCAACAGUCCUUUCAAUUCUUGUGUCCCUGGUCAGUAGCUUCUUUGAGGCAGAAAUGUCAGAAUGUUGGAAGAAAAGUAUCUAUGUAGAUAGUGCUUUCAAAAGUGAGUUGCAGAUAUUUUAAAAAGGUCAAAAACUCAAGAAACACUUGCAGCACACUUAACUUCCUGUGGUGCAUAUGUGCCCUAUGUAUCUGUAAAGGUCACGCUGUCAUGAUAGAAAUGGUUUUUUUAUAUCUAAAUACGUAUGAUUUUAUAUCUUACUACAGUAUAGAGUUUGCUGUAGAGCUCUCAAAUUAGAGAUAAUACACAUAUUUCUGUGUAUUGAGUGCAUAUUAUUAUUAUCAGUGCAGAUCGUAUCAUUGUAAUGUCUACGUCAUGUCUACUUUCAGCGUAACGUCAGCUAUGAAAGUGCCACGGUUUCACUUUUUAUCUAAUUCCAAGAUAGAAUCACCUUUUAUUGAAAGCCUACGAGGUUCCAGGGGUGACAUGGAGAAAAAAAAAUUUGAAAAAAGAGCAUUGCCUGAUAUUAUCUAUCUAUGAGCGACAUUGAUUUUACGACGAGGGAAUACGCCAGAUAUGCUCACACGAGCACCAGGAAUAAAGUGCGAUAUUUAAUAUUAAUAAUGAGGCCAGCAUUAGCAGACGUAAUCAUCGCUGCAGUCCUUGCGUGAGUACUCAUGUCAACACUGCCAUCUAGUGGUCACAAUGAGAUACAAAGAAGAUGGUGCAAAGAUUUAAAAAAUGUUUUUUGCGCCAAUUUAUUUUUUUUUAAUGGAUAAGUGUUAAAAUGUCAAAGCUGUGCAUUGGAACUCCUGAUAACGUUCUAUAAUAAUUCAAUACUCAUUUUUUUGUAAAAUACACUGGCUGGGAUUGCUUCACUUUUCAACAGAAGUAGAAUAAUAUGACGUCAAACGCCCCCUUUCUUGUGAACGUCCACUUAGCACAAAGCCGGACACCGGACUUGACAAACUUCUGUGCCACAAUGAAAGCGAGCAGAGGCAACAUGCUGGAUGCUGGUGUGUUCAACAAGGUCAAAUAUUCGCGGCUGGCUGCGGAUGACGAUGGAUACAUUGACUUACAGUUUAAGAAAAGUCCACCAAAGGUCCCGUACAAGGCAAUCGCACUGGCAAUCUUUCUCUUUCUGGUUGGCUCCUUACUCAUCGUCUUCGGGGCUCUUCUUCUCGCUGGCACUAUUGUGGUUGAGCACCCAGAUCGCACCAUCCCUGUCAUCAUCAUAGGGAUUCUUGUAUUCCUUCCUGGAUUUUACCAUUUGAGAAUCGCCUACUAUGCUGCCAAGGGAUACAGAGGUUACUCCUACGACGACAUCCCAGAUUUUGGCGACUGAAUGGAGAGACAGGCUCUGACUUGCCUUUUGCCAUAUUUACACCCAUAAAGUAUUGCCUGCUAUUUUUUUUUUCCCAGGAUGUAGCAUAUACAACAAAAGUAUCACACAGGCCAGACACAGCACACCAUGUUUAUCCACAGGUGGACUGUGCCGGAUUUAAGAUAAUCUCUAUGGUUCUGUCUGCGUCGCUCCAUACAGAGAAAAACCUUACUGACAGUGAACCAAAGUGGCACAAACGAUGCGCCUUUUUACCUGCAUCCUAGCAGCUACGUGUUCUACAGUCUCAAGAGAGAAUGCUGAAAACAUGUUGACUCAAAUCACCGCUGUUGUGUUACUGUUAAAUACUGUUACUGUAUGUCUAUAUCUAUUUAAUGUUAUCCAUCACUUCAAAUGAGAUGCCUUAUGUCCAUUGUUACACUGCUGUUUCAUCAUGUCCAAGUUUAAAACCAAUAUUUAACUCUGUUUGCAGCACUAUGCAAGGACAGAAUGCUUGAUCAAAUUGCAGUAGAUGUUCCCUACAAUAUAGGAAUAUAUUUACAUUUGCAAUCGCCUUUGUUUUUAAUAAAUGUGUAUUUUAAGUAGAUCUGCUUGAUUAAAAAAAAAAAAGAACAAAAUCAGUAUCCAUUUAUUAGUUCUGUGUUUUUGGUGACAGGGUGAAUUCUUAAUAAUUAGAUUAU